AUGUCACUACAAAAACCAAAUCCCCAACUGUUUCUUAAUGAACUCGACGAUGAGCAGGUAGAACAAUUUAAAGCAGUCGUGUACGCGUGUGGUGAUUUUCGUUAUUUAGUGAAUCAUAGUCAUAUUUAUGGAUCGAUCGAUAUAGCUGAACUUGAAACGAUGAAAAGUAUUCGACCACAAGACGGUGAUUUAUAUUUUGACUAA